UUGAUUUUGGAUCCGCGACCUUCGAUGACGAAUAUCACUCUUCCGUUGUUUCCACCAGACAUUACCGGGCGCCAGAGAUCAUUCUGAACCUCGGCUGGAGUUUCCCUUGUGAUAUUUGGAGUAUCGGCUGUAUACUCGUCGAGUUCUUCACGGGGGACGCUCUUUUCCAAACCCAUGACAAUUUGGAACAUCUUGCCAUGAUGGAGGCUGUAAUAGGCGACCGGAUUGACACUCGUCUCGUAAGACAAGUGAUGCAAGGUGGACGGAGUGGGAGCCAGAACCAGUCUGCCAAGUACUUCAUCCGCAACAAGCUUGAUUAUCCUAACGAUGAAACCACUCGUGCCUCGCGGAAGUAUGUGAGGGCUAUGAAACAAUUGACAGAUUUUAUUCCCACCACCACCAAGUUCCACCGUUUAUUCCUGGAUCUUCUACAACGCAUUUUCGUUUAUGACCCCAAAAACCGAAUCACAGCCAAGGAUGCUCUCAAGCACCCCUGGUUUAAAGAGUCAAUCGUGGAUGAUGGCACUGAAGCUCUGCGGAUUGGGGAACAGUUGCAGCGCAACACCCAACGCCGCUAGACCGACAUGUACCUCUGAUGAGUACAUUUUCAGCGAGUCCUCAUGUUGUUAAUCUCAAGUGGCUAUAUGACACUGGUGCCUCGACGGCCAGCCAGUCUGUAAUUUGCAUGAGUACGGGUUUAUAGGUUACGAUAGAUGGUUUAUUCUUUUGGUUAUAUGCAUCA